GCGCAGCUUUGGGUGUUUCUCUUUAAUUCUGCGGCAUCUCUCUCGCUGUUCAGCGGGCCUGCGGCUCUGGAGGAGGGCGGGCCGCGAGCGCGGCGGCGGGCAGAUCGCGCACGGUCAACUAACCGAUGCGACAUGUAGCACGAGCUACAUCUGGUUCAUUCCAUAUCUCCUCACUUCGCCUACAUUGAUUGGAUGUGGGAAUGGCACGCAGAGCUUCCAGUUGAUCACAGGCCGGGCGGCUGCUGUCUCCAGACUGACCUCGGGUAAACCCUCUUGAGGCUCCGCGGACUUUGGAGAUAUUCUGCAGAGGUGGGGUUUUUUUUUUUGCGCAGCACGGAAACUGUGGCGCAACACAAAGGGGGGGAUGCUCUCCAAAUGAACUGACAGGACCGCGUUAAACCACCGAGGACCGAAGGACACAAAGACAACCCGUUGUGCAAGAUGAUGUCAUUGAUAGAUCUGGACGAUGAUCAGCGAUGGGUGCCCACUCACGUGAACAUCACCGUCCUGCGCGCGAGGGGGCUGCGAACCAAGGGCAAGCAUGGCAGCCGCUACCUCUACACCAUCAUCCAGGUGGCGAAGGAGAAGUUCACCACCGCGCUGGUGGAGAAGGCGGCGGUGCCCGAGUGGAACGAGGAGUGCUGCUUCGAGCUGCUCCCCGGGAUCCUGGAGGACGGCGGCCGGGGCGCCUACCCCCAUGGGAGCGGGGACCUGGUCCUCACGGUCAUGCACCGGGUGCUGAUCGGACUCGACGUGUUCCUCGGGCAGACCAUCAUCCCUCUGGACAGGAUAUUUCAGGAGGGGACGUGUCCUCGAGAUGAAUGGUUCAAGAUGAACUCUAAGGCGGGCAGAAAGGAGAAGGAGCGCGGGGAACUGCAGGUUACAGUCCAGUUCACUCGCAACAACAUGACAGCCAGCAUGUUCGACCUCACCAUAAAGGACAAACCCCGCUCUGCUUUUGGCAAGCUCAAGGAUCGCGUCACAGGGAGGAAGAGGGGGGACAUGGAGUCCUCCUCGGCCAUUGUGCCGGGCCGCUUCGCCGCCCUGUCAGGAUCGCAGCCAUUUGGAGAGAUGGCGGGUGGAGGCUCGGAGGAGCCACAAGAAGUGGAGAUAGCAGAGGAGAAGAGGAGCAAGAUGAAAGAUUUCUUCAAAGGGAGGCUGCGCAAGUCGUCUGACACCACGUCAUGCUCGUCCCUGGCUUCAGAGGGCAGUGUGUCCUCCAUGGCCAGUGAUAACCCCGGCCCUCCACCCAGCCUGGAUCUGAUGUCAGACCCUCCCAGCUCUCCCGUCUACACGAGCAAAGUGAGGGUGGACACCCAUUACGGAGAGGCAGAUUUAGCUAAAAAAGUGCUCACCAGCCAGCACUCCUCAAAGGUCCUCACACACAAGCGAGCCUCCAGCGAUGAAGCCAGUAAGAUCACGACCGCCUUCCCUCCAUCAAAUCUUGCGGUGGAGUCUCUGAAAGGUCAGACCAUGACUCAGUCCAAGUCCUCCCUGUGUAUUAACGGCAGCCACGUCUACAACUCCGAGCCGUCGACUCCAAAGAGCUCAGGAGCCCACCAGUCCAAGCUGGUCCUGCUGGAGAAAUGCUCCCCGCUCUCUCGAUCCCUACAGAACCUCACCAAGGACAGAGGUUCCUCCGCCGAGGGCCGACGCUGGUCCUUUGACAAGAUGAAGAAGGAGGAAAAGGAGGAAGAAAAGGAAGCUCAGCCAUCAUCUCCUCCAAUUCAGCGAGGGGGUCGCCCUGUGCAGGCGGAGAUGCCGGUUUCGCCCGACAAAGGGAGGAAGCUAAGAAAGACCUUAUUCUCUGCAGGGAAGAGUGACUCUCUGCCAGCUAAGUCAGACCAGAACCAGGCUGGUUGGACGUCUGAGGGGAGGCUCCGGGGCUGGUUUGGCUCCGGUGAAUCCCAGAACAAGCCGAGGCUGGAAGUUUCUCCUAAGGUAGAAAGCAGCUCAGACGCACCCCCUCCCCUCCCUCCUCGCUCACCCACACCCUCUCCGUGCUCCCCUCCCUCCCCCUCCGGUCAUGUCUCACCUGACGACUGCAAUCACACCAAUCCCUUCACCUCCUCUUCCUCUCCCGUCUCGAUCCCAAUCUCGCCCUCCAACCCUUUCCCCUCACACAUGCAGCGCAAUCCCUUUUUUGAGGACCUCAUAGCAGAAGAGUCACAUAGGUCCCCUCCUUUCGGCUCAUCCCCCUUUCAUUACACCACUCUGCCUUCCCAGCCCUGCACAUCCAGCCCCGCUAAUGAUGGGGAAGCGACAAAUAUGGCUUACAUAAAGCGGGAGCGCCCCAGGCCAGUAGCUAGGCAGAUAUCUCUCCCUGCAUUAUUACCCAAAGCAGCCCCACCUCACCCCUCCUCCGCCCACCGCUCCAUGUCGGAGAGGGCGGGGGAAUCGGACGACUCGUUUGAUGCCUUCGCCUCCAGCAGGCUAAACUCACCGAAAGGGAGUCUUCCUCAGAAACUGCUGAGAACCAGUCCAACAUCAUCUAAUAUACAUAGGUAUUUUCCAGUUAAUAACAGCGGCAAUAAUCAUGCACAAGAUCUGCAAACAUGCGACGAGGCGGCGCCUCCACCUUUGCCUCCGCGGAAACCUUUACGAACUUCCGUGAGCGAGAUUUACUCCGACGGCUGGCUGCACAGAGGUCAAGAGCUGGCGGUCCAUCAAGAAGCCUACCUGCUCUCUCAGACCGGCGCGGCCUCGCUGCAACGGGGACAAGAGGGAGAAAGCAAAAGGAACCGGGUGUCUCCAGACCCUCACACCACCAGCAGCGAGCCCUCCGACUCCCUCGGCAUUCCCUCUGAGCCGAACACAAAUGUUACUUCAGUAGGAUUCACGUCCGAAGAAAAGCUUAAAAAGUUCAAAUAUGAACCUUUGGAGGAUGAAAGCGACCGCUGGGGAGGGAUGCUGUUUGAGCAAGACCUGUACGGACGCACGUGCAGAGGGAACUACGGACACCCCAAAGUCAAUCGCUUAUCGUUGAGCGCUGAAGACACGACAGGAAAUAAGAUCACAUCUGUGACCGUAGGACCUCAAAUACUUCCUGAUAGUGACACAUUUGUCGCAGAUAUUUUAACAGCGCCAUCUACUACACCCUCAGCACCAGAUGCAAAAGCACUUGACAUUACAAGCGCCCCAGUAGAGGAGAUGGAGUUGUAUCCACCUGAAACCAACAAUGUGUCUUUCUCAUCAACCUCAGUAGAUCUGAACAGGAACGUGAACAACUCCGAUUUUGGUUUCAUUGAUUCCGAUGGCUCCUCUCAGUCAGACGUCGUCGACACUCUCAAAGGCGUCAUGAGUUUGGGCGGGACUUUUCCUCCACUGACGGAAGCUUCCCAGAUCGCUGCUUACCAUGAAGAGACAGCGACCGCACCCGGGGAUGUGUUCACCUUGAAGGACACUUACAUACCCGAGAUGAACUCUUCCUUUGAAAUAACCGCUUCCUCUAACAAACUCUGUCACGUCUCCCCAGUUUGCAAAGACAAUUGUGUCGGGGAUUUUACAAAGACACAAAGUGACUCUGAUGGUAAUGGGAACCCGCUCCCUGAAGUGGGCGCACAGAACCAGAAGGAGACAUUUCCCGGUGUGGUGAGUGCACGUUUGAGACCAAAAGGAGAGUCCCGGCAGAACAGCGGCGGCAGCCCGAGCAACCAGAGCAAAGCGAGGGACGGAGAGUUCGAACAGUUCUUGUGCCUCGUUCAAAACAUGUCAGAAGCCAGGGAAGGACCGCUGUCGUACCAGCCCUCGAAAUCCUCUCUUUCUUCCUUACUGGCACAAGCAGAUAGCAGCACACAUCACGGAGGCCCCAAUGCGCCGUCGAGAAUAUCUCCGCAAGACGACACGAGAGCGACAGAAAGACGCUCUGAUAUCCCUUUUGAAGACCUUCACGCUCAGGUAGCACCCAACUCCAGAACGCCUUCAAAGGCAAAGAUGGGGCCAUCUUUGCACAAACCCUCCUCUUCCUCCCCCCUGCACACACUCUCCCCGUCAGCUGCCACGCUCCACCCCACCCCUGUCUGUUGCCCCUCCAUACACCCCUCAAGCACGGGGCCCGGCAACUCUCCGGCUGCGUUCCCCUACGCCUCCUCUUUCUCCUCCUGCUCCUCCACCUGCACCACCACUGACCAGCCCCCGGUCGAUGCACGCCACUCACUUUUGCCUGAGGAGACUCAGCCCGCUAGCAGCCUGCCCCGUCAGGAGAGCAGACCUCACCCAGUGAAGCCGUUGACCUCCAGUCAAUCGGAGAAGAAGGAAGGUCGUUCGGUUCUGGAGAAGCUGAAGUCCUCCAUCAACCCUGGGCGUGGCGCCCAGCAGGCUGCAGCAGAACCUGAGAGGAGUCAGGAGGUGCCCGUGGACCACUCGGCCCAGUACCUACACCUGACCAACAUGGAGCUGAUCUCGCUGCUGCUGCAGCAGGAGAUGGACAUGCAGAAGCAGGAGGCGGCGUCCGAGCGGCAGGGGGCGCAGCUGCACAAAUGUGAAGCGGAUCUGAAAAAGGUCAAGUUGCAGGUCCGAGACCUGGAGGACUACAUAGAUAAUCUAUUACUGCGGAUCAUCGAGCAGACACCAACGCUCCUUCAAGUUCGCACGCGACACAAGUGACGACAGGGCGAGUGUGUGCGCUGGGUCCUCCACAGUGGGUGCAACACACGGUUAUUAUUUGAGAUCGGGAAUCAGUAUUCUAGAGACGGUUACAGUCAAACUAAUGUUCCACGAAAUAUGAUCUCACAAUCAUCCAGGUCUUCUCACUGCUAAUACUGCCUUGUUGAUGUAGACACAAUAUUACCCAACAUGCAUGCUGGUUACCAUCACAAUUUGGCACGAACAGAAAAAUAAAAUAUAAAUAGGAGCUUCGAUCAAAGCCAAGUGAUUUUACUGCUUUGUAGAAUAAUUAAAAGGUAGUCAGCUGUUGUCAAUUUAAACUUUAAACUCACUGCUUUCACACAUGCAUAACAUAAUAUACAGGCUUGAGAAAACAAUUUUUUCACUUCAGGGAUUCCCCUGUCAAAAUAUGCUGUUAGCUCAAGUAACCUUGAGAUGUCAGCCUUCGAAGUGCAAAAAAUGUCAUUUUGACCCAAGGUUUUAAAUCUCAACCUGUUUUUAUGAAAUGCCAAGGUUAACUUGAGGUAAUUGCAUAUUUUCAAAUAGAAAAUAUAGCAACAUGUCAUGCUGCGCAGUAAUGUGAAUACUAUAAAAAGAUAUCUUUCUGCAUUAACGUCGUUCUAUCAAUUCAAUUCAAUUCUGUUCUCUGAUAAGCAAAACACAUUAUUAACAUUUGAGCUACAAGGAGACUAAGGAAGAUGAAGUUUUUUUGUUUUCAUUUUAACUAAAUACUGUGUUUUUCAAACAACAAUUUGUUUCCAUUCUGCAUUUUAUUUUUGUGGAAAUAGUUACAUUUUACUGUAGAUAUAACAGCAUCAAUGCAAAAGAUAAGAUUAUUCUAAGUUAUUUCUAUAAAAUACUUUUGUCAUGAUAAUAUAUUCAGUAAAGCCACUCUAGUACCACUGUAGCUACUUGCAAUGCAUUACAUAACCGCAGUACUGUACUGUAUGAAAAUAAAGUUCACAUGAGCCAAA